CGUCCCACAAACGUAGCUGCACCUAAUGGUAAUGUCGCAUCCACAUCACGGACAUAUACGGGUCUCGGAAGUAAGAUUCUUUUGAGUAACUUACCGAUGGACGUGGGAGAGGCGGAGAUAGAGGAUCUGUUCAAACGAACAGUAGGGCCAAUGAAAGACUUGUUCAUCGUCUACAACAGUCAGGCAAAGUCAAAGGGGAUGUCAAUCGUUACUUUUUCACGUCCAGGGGACGCGUCUGUUGCGCGAGCGAAAUUCAACAAUAAAGUCAUCGACGGAAGU